UGGCGCACGUCUGUCCGGUGGCCGGGGGCGGUCGCUGGGUGCCAGGGAGGAGGCGCUGGUGCUGCUGCCGCUGCUGAUGGUAAUAGGGGUGAUUUUCUCUCCCGUGCUGCACCCCGUUGUCUGAACGGAGGGAGGAGGAGCGGGGUGUCAGCGGCAGCUGGAAGGGAUGAUGGAGCUGAGAGGCACCGGCUCUCCUUCCCCUAUUGCCGGCUACCAGAACUGCGGCGGGGCUGCACCCCGGCUCCAGCACAGUCUGCAGCUCUGACCCACACCGUGGAGACCGAGACGCUAAUAGAGUCACCUGGUGGGAGAGGAGACCGCACAGGGCAGGGAAGGAGGGGGCAAAACUGGUGCCAGGUGGGGCAGGGGGCACCCAGGGUAAGGGGUAAGUCACCGAGAGCCAUGGUGUUAGGGGAGCUGCUGGGGAGGUAUAUAUGCAUCACAUAGAGAGAGACAGCACCGUCGCCAUCACCCUGCAUGAGACAGCUGGGGAGAGAAGAGACAGCCGGGGAGGCCCAUCCUGCAGAGAACAGGUGGGCUUGUUUUAUCUCACAUUCUAAAUGAUCUGCAGCUGCUGUGAGUGGACUUCCUGGCCUGGCCCAUUUAUCUACACUGCAUGACCUGCUUGGGGACCUCUUCGCUAUAUUAAAGAUGCUUUAAGCUGGACACUACUUCGAGCCUUCACGUAGAUGGUCACACACACAUCAUCUUCUCUCAUGCAGACCAUUGGAUCCGUUCCCAUCCUGUCUUUUUCUCCGUGACUGGAUUUGUCGGCAUUUAUCCAGGCUUUGAGCCCUCCCUCGGUGCCUUCUAUUCUGGUGCACUUUUGUCGAGGUAAAAGCUGCCAAGAUGAUGUGUGAAGUGAUGCCCACCAUUAAUGAGGACAAUCGUCGGGGCUCCACCUACAGCUCGGACGAUGCCAAUUUCGAACAGCUUAUGGUAAACAUGUUAAACGAGCGGGAGAGGCUGCUGGAGACCCUCCGGGAAACUCAGGAGAGCCUGGCCACUGCACAGCUUCGGUUGCGAGAACUGGGUCACGAGAAGGAGUCUCUUCAGAGGCAGCUGAACAUCGCCCUUCCACAGGAGUUUGCGGCACUGACUAAGGAGCUAAACCUGUGCCGUGAGCAGCUCCUUGAGCGGGAGGAAGAGAUCGCUGAACUGAAGGCGGAGAGGAACAACACUCGGCUGCUGCUGGAACACCUGGAAUGCUUGGUGUCGCGACACGAGCGAUCGCUGAGGAUGACUGUGGUAAAGAGACAGGCGCAGUCGCCCGCUGGCGUCUCUAGCGAGGUGGAGGUGCUGAAAGCUCUAAAGUCCCUCUUUGAGCAUCACAAGGCACUAGAUGAAAAGGUCCGAGAGCGCCUCCGUGUGGCCCUCGAAAGGGUGGCAGUACUGGAGGAAGAGCUGGAGAUGUCCAGCCAGGAGUCACUCUCCCUUCGGGAGCAACUUGCAAGAAGGAGGUCAGGGAUUGAUGACGGCAGCAAAGAUGGAGACUCGCAGAGUUCUGCUAUCCUGAAUGGCUCCACUCACCUGGAACUACAAGGAGGCCGGGAGUCUGAGCUGGAGGAGAUGUUGGAGAAGCAGCGGCUGGAGCUGUGUCAGCUGAAAGAGCGACUGACCAUGAUGUGCCGCCAGAUGGCCGAACUAGAGGAGGAGCUGAACACUGCACAGAAAGAUCUGAUCAAAUCUGAGGAGGUCAGCGCCAAGCUGCAGCGCGACCUGAAAGAGGCACUGGCGCAACGGGAGGAUAUGGAGGAACGGAUUACCACCUUGGAGAAACGCUACCUGAGUGCGCAGAGAGAAGCCACCUCACUCCAUGAUGUCAACGACAAGCUGGAGAACGAACUUGCCAGCAAAGAGUCCCUGCAUAGACAGAGUGAAGAGAAGAACCGGCAGCUGCAGGAGUGGCUGGAGGACGCAAAGCAGAAAUUGCAGCAGACCCUGCAGAAAGCUGAGACACUACCAGAGAUUGAGGCCCAGCUGGCACAGCGAGUGGCAGCUCUCAGCAAGGCAGAGGAGAGACAUGGAAAUUUUGAGGAACGUCUCCGUCAGCUUGAAGCUCAACUAGAGGAGAAGAACCAGGAACUGCAGCGGGCCCGUCAAAGGGAGAAAAUGAACGAUGAGCACAACAAACGCCUAUCGGAGACUGUCGAUAAACUCCUAUCCGAGUCCAACGAAAGGCUGCAGUUGCAUCUUAAGGAGAGGAUGGGUGCCCUGGAGGAGAAGAACACUCUUUCGGAAGAGAUAGCUAACAUGAAAAAGCUGCAGGAUGAGCUCCUUGUAAAUAAGGAGCAGCUUGUCUCCGAGAUUGAACGCAUGCAGAUGGAAAUAGACCAGCUGCGGGGACGUCCCUCAUCCACAUACUCUAGAUCUCUCCCUGGCAGUGCGCUAGAGCUACGUUACUCUCAGGCACCAACGUUACCCAUGGGCAACCAUAUUGAUCACUACAGCAGCACAGCUGUGAUCAGGCGGCCCAAAAAGGGUCGGUGGGCGGCCAUGAAAGAUGACCCGACAAAGAUCCGAACGCUGGAUGAGCAGGACUGGGAACGGGCGCAGCAAGCCAACGUACUAGCCAAUGUGGCGCAAGCCUUUGAAGGUGACAUGGACGGGUCAGACGAAGAUGACAGAGAUACCAUCUUCAGCUCAGCGGACCUCCUGUCUCCUAGCGGCCAGACAGAUGUGCAGACUUUGGCGAUCAUGUUACAGGAGCAGCUGGAGGCCAUCAACAAAGAGAUCAAGUUAAUACAGGAGGAGAAGGAGACCACGGAGCUCCGAGCUGAGGAGAUAGAGAGCCGAGUCACCAGCGGCACUCUGGAUGGAUCACUAGGACGCUAUCGCUCGGCCACAUCUAUCCCGACCUCCGUCACCACCUCCACUCUGGCCAGCCCUUCCCCACCCAGCAGCGGGCACUCCACCCCACGCAUCACCCCUCACAGCCCAGCCAGGGAGGGAGACAAAUUCAAUCAUGUCCCUAAAGAAGACGGCAGAGACGAGAAGUCAUUGAUGCAGUGUGAGACCACCCCUCCCCUGACUCCGCGGGCUGUACGGCUGGAGAGAAUGACACAGGCACUGGCCCUGCAAGCCAGCCCUAUGGAGGAUGGAAGAGAGUCCCGGGGAAGCCUGGGCGCAGAUGGUCUUGGUGGCACCAACAGCGCCAGCCAGGACUCACUGCACAAAGCUGCUAAAAAGAAAAGCAUCAAGUCUUCAAUUGGGCGGUUAUUCGGCAAGAAAGAGAAGGGGCGUAUGGGACAGAUGGGGCGAGAUUCUACAUCUCUGGCUGGAACCCCCUCGGAGGAGACCUCACCUGGUGACCCCAUGGGUCUGUCCAAGCUGGCGGGGCCUGUGGACAAAGACCGGAGAAACAAGAAGAAACAUGAGCUGCUGGAGGAGGCCUGCAGACAAGGACUUCCGUUUGCUGCAUGGGAUGGACCUACUGUAGUGUCAUGGCUGGAGCUGUGGGUAGGGAUGCCAGCCUGGUAUGUCGCUGCUUGCCGUGCCAAUGUGAAGAGCGGAGCCAUCAUGGCCAACUUGUCCGACACAGAAAUCCAGCGUGAGAUUGGUAUCAGCAACCCUCUGCACCGCCUGAAACUACGCCUUGCCAUCCAGGAGAUGGUUUCCCUUACUAGCCCUUCUGCGCCGGCCACAUCACGCACGUCAACAGGCAAUGUGUGGAUGACUCACGAAGAGAUGGAAACCUUAACUGCAACAACGAAACCUGAGACUAAGGAGAUCAGCUGGGAACAGAUCCUGGCCUAUGGCGACAUGAACCAUGAGUGGGUGGGUAAUGACUGGCUGCCUAGUCUUGGUUUGCCACAGUAUCGUAGCUACUUCAUGGAGUCCUUAGUGGAUGCCAGAAUGUUGGACCACUUGAACAAGAAGGAACUCCGGGGACAGCUGAAAAUGGUAGAUAGUUUCCACAGGGUUAGUCUUCAUUACGGGGUCAUGUGCCUGAAGAGGCUCAACUAUGACAGGAAGGAGCUGGAGAGGAGACGAGAGGAAAGCCAAAACCAACUGAAAGAUGUCAUGGUCUGGUCCAACGAGCGGGUAAUGUGCUGGAUUCAGUCCUUGGGGCUGAAGGAGUAUGCCAAUAAUUUACAUGAGAGCGGCGUUCACGGGGCCCUGGUUGCGUUAGAUGACACGUUUGACUGUAACGACCUGGCAUUGCUACUACAGAUCCCAACGCAGAACACACAGGCUCGACAAGUGCUGGAGAAGGAGUUCAGCAAUCUCAUUACCAUGGGGACAGAGAGGCGACUUGAUGAGGAUAGUGCCAAGACGUUCAGCCGCUCUCCCUCUUGGAGGAAGAUGUUCCGGGAGAAGGACCUCCGAGGAGUUAGUCCAGAUUCCGCUGAGAUGUUGCCGGCAAACUUCCGGACUGCCGCUGUCUCCUCCAUUACCUCACCCGCUGUGCAGCUACGGAAGAUGCAGUCUGAAGGAAGUCCCUCCAGCAGCCAGCGAGCAGACAAUGUCUCAGUGAGAACCUAUUCCUGUUAAUGUCGUCUUAAUGCGGCCAUGUUAUUGGGGCAAUAAGUUCACUGAGGGCACUUUUUUGACAUUCAAUCACUUCGCCAAAGGGACUUGGCCAAUCUGAUUAUUUUAGCACUCCAAUACGGGCGCUACUUACUUGGACGCUGCAUCUUGAUGGGGGACACUGGAGUGGAAGUAAAACGGAGACAUCCUGAGAAGUAUCCUACAGAUGUUUGCAACCUCAGUUUCUGUACAUGGAUCCAAGAAAAGUGCGUCUUAUAGGAGGAACAGCGGGAGCAUGCGUGGGAAACCCAUCUUUUCCAUAUCUUAUUUCUUUCCCAGCCCAUCCAACGCUACGGGGGCCUUGUAGGCCCUUUUCGAAGAUCAGAAGGUUUGGGGUCGAGAAGAAACGGUCUAAUAAUAUGAGUAGGACCAAUGGGGAAUAUGGUAAAUAUUUAAUAUUAGACUUGAGCGAUGUCUUUUUAUUUUUUCUCUGUUUGGUUCAUUUUGAACUAUACAGAUUCCAACCAUCUCCCACUCGAAAGCCUGGAGAUUCAAUACAAAGCCAUGUUUUAGCUGGUCAUUUGGAUACAAAAAGGGUACUUGAUGAUUUGAGACCUCAAACCUGUCAAUGACCAUUUUGCAAUGGUUGGAACCUGGUGCAGGACAACCUUCUACUGUACCACCAGGCUGCUCACCUUCUCUGGUCGUCAUGCCUCACCGAUGUCUUGAGACCACCAUGAUGCCAGGACAGCACGACCGAGUGAUGAGCUUACCGUGAAAUAUAUUUUAUUUAUUAUUAUUUA